AUGAAGACACCUGUUGAAGUUCGACAGACCCUGGCGAAGAUAAAGAAGAACAAGGAAACCUUGUUUGCCGUAUUGCUUGCAGGAACAAGAUGGUACACUGGAGGUCUCGUCAUGCCGUUGACAUUUGUGAUUUGUCGACUGCUUUUGGACCGAUUGAUGGAGCAGCGCAUUUCGUCGAUCCAUAGAGGAAAACUUGCAACGCCUGAGCAAUUGGCUCAAGGUGAUAUGAAUGCACAAUCUCUAAUACAGUCAUACGAAGAGGCCAUGCGGAUGGUGGAUGCUGAAGCUAAGAAGAAUCGUGAUAUUCAGUUGGAAAUGGAAUUCAUCGACUCUGAGAACCAACGACUCAAGGCUUUGUUGGACGAAGCGAAUGCCCAAGCAAUUGUAUCACAAUACGACAGUCCUCGGGCAGCACCUAGUGGCAACUUGCAAAAGAAGAUUGAUGAAUUGGAAAAACUAAGAUCUAACCUCGAAGAAGAAUUGAAAACUGAACGCCAAGCCAAACAAGAGCUAGAGAGCGAGAAAAGAGAAGCGGUGGCAUUUCGUGAUGCCGAAGCAAGACAGAACAAAAUCUUCAAGAAGGAGAUUGAGAGAGUGAAGAAUGAUACUAAGAAGAUGAAAGAAAUGGAAACUGAAAUCAGCGAGAAGAACGAUCUGAUCGCCAAAAGGGAUAAGGCCAUUGCUCAACUGGAACAGGAGUCCGGCAAGAAGGAACAGAAGAUCGGGGAGCUCGAGUCGAAUAUUCAACAGCUGAUGGCUACCGUCGACUCCUUGAAGGAGCAAAUGGCAAAUUUGAACGAAAGUCUUGACAAAGAAAGACGUGUUGUUCAAUCUUUGGAAGGCAAGCUCGAGGAAACGCAGCAGAAGGUUACGGAAAAGGGACAACUCUAUGAUAUCAGCAUGAAAUCAUAUGGAGAAGAAAAAGAGAAAAACAGCUCGUUACAAACUAAAGUGAUCGAGCUGAAUGAUACCCUGGAUGCCGAACGUGUAAAGCUCCAAGAUCGGGAAGCAACCAUCGUUGCAAGGGAUGAUGUCAUCGGAAGGUUGAAAGGAUUCGAAUCAAAGUCUCAUGAACUGACUGAGGAACUAUUGUCAACAGUCAAUGAGCUCCAAGAUACCAAGAAAAGAAAGGAAUCCACCGAAGCUAAUCUUACUUCAACCAUGGAAAAGCUUUCCGCUGUCGAGGAAGAAAACAAACAGAUUGCUGUUCUCAAUGAGCAACUGGAUGCUCUCGAGCUUUGCGUGAGCGAAGGAGAAGCUGCACUGAUCGCCGAAAAAGCCAGCUUGAAAACGACGGCACAAGAACGUGAUGCCACAAAGGCCCAACUCGAAGACAUCCUUGCCGAGAAAGAAACUCUUGAAAACCAACACAAUGAGCUGAAGGAAAAGUAUGAAGUCGUAAGCGAUGCCAUGGAAUUGCUGGAAGCUGAAAAGAAAACGACCGUACGCCUGAAUGGAGAGGUCGACACCUUGACCAAAUCAUUGGAGGAUUCCGAGGCGAAGAAUGUUUCCUUGCAACAUACAUUGAACCAAAAGAUUACGAUCACUGAAGCCAAGGUAACCAUGCUUGCCGAGUCUGAAUCGAUGAACGCAUCGCUGCAACAAGAGAUCAGCGAUUUGAAGAAGCAAGUAUCCAAAAUGUCAGUUGCGUUGGAGGAUGCCGAUGUCAAGGAGAAGCGUGCUGAAGAAAUCGAAGCCGCAUUUGAAGCCGAAAAGGCAAAGAGUGCGCAACUGGAAAAUAAACUCGAGGAGACGACAACGGCUCUUGACGAAGAAACUACCAAGGCCAGUAAACUUGAAAAGACACUGCUUGACAACAAAAGAAUGAUCGAAGAGUCCGAAGCAACUAUUGGAUCUUUGGAAGUAUUCAAGCAAAAGGCAGAGGAAGAAAGUCAAAGGGCGGAGGAAAUGAAGACUGAGGUGUCUCGCUUGAACAACUACUUAGGCUCAAUGCGAAUAAGUGUCGAUGACCUGCAAGAGACUCUACAAGAGAAAGAAAACAAAAUCGCCGAGUUGAGCGCUGUGAAUGCUACCUUGACAACCGGAAAGGAUGAUUUGGCCUCCGAAUACACUGCAUCAAAGGCUGAACAAAAGCAAUUGCACGAACAGCUAGAGAUUAUGGAACGUAAAUUGAAGUUCGAAAAUGAAAAAUUGGCAACUCUGUCAAAUCAGAAUCAAGAACUCAAGGAAGUCAACCUGCAAAGCAAAGAAAAGCUGGUACAGUUACAAUCGUCAUUAUCAGAGAAGGAUGCGGCCAUUGAUAGCAAGGAUGAUGAGAUAGUCCAACUUCAAAACUCACUUGAUGAAUCGACAUCAAGGUUCACCGAAGAACGAUCUGUCGCCGUGGAUAUUGCCAAGGAUCUUCGAGCUAGGAACGAAAAGCUCCAGUUCAAGGAAGCAGAAGCUUUGGAGAAGUUGGAAGAACUGAAGGAAUCUUCCAAGGAAACUAUCCAAAAACUCAAGGCAUCCUUCGAAGAGACUAAAGCAUCACUACAGGAGGAACAAUCGAAGGUGCAAUCGCUACAAGAGAAACUCCGCUCCAAGGAAGCGGAAAGAGAUGAAGCAAUCGGUGGCUUGACCGAACGUAUGGACGGAGAAUUGGCAGACAUCAAGAAGCAACUUGCCGACGCCAAGUCCAAACAUGAGGCCGAAAAGGCAAAGGUGGUCGUUCUCGAAUCCACCCGAAAGGGAUCCCAGAAGAUGAUCCAUGAUUUAGAAGCCAUCUUGGACAAGAAGGAAAUUCUUCUUGAACGAAGAAUGGGAGAGAUUACAACUCUCAAGGAGUCCCUUGCGGAGUCAGUCAAACUGUGCAAGGCUAGAGAAGCACGGGCUUCUGAAGUCGAAGAAAAGGCAAGAAAGGGAGAAUAUUCGGCUGAACUAAUCGCCGAGAUGAAGACGAGAGAGAACCAUAUGAAGAAGAGUCUUGAUGAUGCAACCCAAAAUACUCUCAAAUUGAAAGAUAUGCUUCUUGCGUCUGGGGCAUUCCAUGGAUCCACCAGUAAGGGUCCAUCAUUAACUUCCCCCAGAGGCAAACCAACACCUGAGACAAUGAGUAAUUGGGGGAAGUAA